CGAUCCUCCUGUUACUGGAAGUCUGGAACAACACCGGCUCCUCGCUUGCCGUUAUGGCCACUAGUCCCAGUGUUGCUACCAAGGUUGCUGUCAUCGGAAGCGGAAUCUCAGGUGCGGUAUGUGCAUCGGCGCUGGCCAAGAAUGGAAUUUCAGUCACCAUUUUCGAGUCUGGUAGAGGCCCAGGUGGCCGAAUGUCUCAAAGAAGAGAAACGGCCGAAGAUGGGAGGGAGCUAUUAUUCGACCAUGGUGCUCCUUACUUCACUGUCACCAAUCCUGAGGUCGUGGGUCUUGUUCAGGACUGGGAAUCGAGAGGCUUUGUUGCUCCCUGGAAUGAAAAGUUUGGAUCUUUUGAUUGCACUUCCAAGAAAUUUCUCGUUAGCAAUGAGGAAGAAUCAAAUCAGAAAUAUGUUGGAAUCCCAGGAAUGAACUCCAUCUGCCGAGCUUUAUCCUCAGAACCUGGAGUGAGGAGUUGUUUUGGAUUGGGUGUUGGGAAGGUUGAAUGGUUAGAGGAUGAGGAUUUGUGGUCAUUGACCAGUUUGGAUGGACAAGAUCUUGGUCAAUUUAAGGGAGUGGUGACAUCAGAUAAGAAUAUGUUUUCUUCCAGAUUCACAAUGGCAACUGGAGGAAAACCUCCUUUAGACUUGAGCAUGGUACCAGAAAUAGCUUUGAAGGUCAAAGAAAUUCCUGUUGUUUCAUGCUUUGCUCUGAUGCUGGCAUUUGAACGGCCUUUGCAAUCGAUUCCAGUUAAGGGCUUUUCAUUCAAGAAUUCAGAAAACUUAAGCUGGGCUUUUUGUGACAGUAGCAAGCCUGGGCGUUCAAUCACUAGUGAACGUUGGGUGCUGCAUUCAACAGCACAGUAUGCAGAGAACAUCAUUGCUCAAACAGGGCUUCAAAGGCCUACUAAUGCACUACUAGCAAAAGUAGCUGAAGAACUUGUUCAAGAAUUUAAAGGCACUGGACUUGAUAUAUCUCAGCUGUUUUUCAAGAAAGCUCACCGAUGGGGAAGUGCAUUUCCUGCGAAAAGCAUAGCAGCAGAGGAGAAGUGUCUCUGGAACGGAAACAGGAGAUUAGCAGUGUGCGGUGACUUCUGUGUUAGCCCUAACGUUGAAGGUGCAAUACUGAGUGGCAUAGCUGCGGCUGCAAAGUUUACUGAACUGCUCGGUUCCUUGUGAGUUAAACAUGACUUGACUGGCUGUUGCAUUAACAACAUAAAGUCCGCUCAUCAUCAUCAUCAUCAUCGACAUAUGUCUUAUAUGGCUGAGGCAGGAGAAGAAUAUUUAUUGGAAAGAUUGUUCAUGUAUCUGAUUGAUCCCACAGAAGAUCAGCAGCAGUAAUUCCCGUUUUCUUUUUUAUGGGUGCCAGUAAUUCCCGUACUCUUGUUGUAAUAGUCAAUAAAUGGAUUUUUGGGUAAAUAUUGCUGAUUUUUUGUUCUGUAUUCUGGGUUUAAACUAGAAAGAUAACUGAAAAUUAGGAAAAAUGCAAAACAUUAAUUUUCUUUUUC